UCAAAGGUCAAGUUCGAGCUGCUACACGGGCGGUUUCGAAGGCCGUCGAGUCAAUAGUCUAUCGAGUCAACGGAGCACCUUACAACUCUAUCGAAAUCUCGAUGGCCUUUGAGCAACGGAAACGGAAAUAGCGCUAACGUGCCCUCUCGUUCACAGUGUGCCCGUACUCACGGUUAAAAAGAACAAAUCAAACCAAAAUGCUCUAAAUAUACUAUAUAUGAGUGUUAUUAAUUAUUUAAUAAAGUAUUUUUUGCCACUUGAUACGUGCGAACUGCACAUACUCUCGACAACAGCGACGUGCUUGUGUUCCUUCCUCCAUGUUGUCUAGUGCACUCUCCCUCUACUCCAGCUACCAUCAUAUCGCCGCCAUAUUGCUCUCUGCGUUGUUUGUUUUUGUCUGCGUACUUUCUUGCUUGCUUUUCCAGUUCCGCGUGCUUAGUUUAUCUUGAAUUUUUUUUAAUCAUUGACGUAAUAAGUAGCGUAUAACUUUUUUUUUCCUCAACUCACAGAAGUGUUUUCUCGGGCGAGUGAAUUUUUUUUUGUGUGUGUGUGUGAGAUUGAAAUGGAGCGCGCCCAGCCGCAGAAGAAAAAAAAAAGUAGCGCCAUGACAAGCGCGGCAGCUGUGGGGAGAGCGCGAAACGGCGCUCCUCAUAGAUUUGUGGGAGGACCGCCUGAUGGACCUACGCCGGCAGAAGAGAAAUAGCGGCGUUUACGACGAUAUCGCCGUGGCCCUGCGACAGGUGGGCUUUGAAAGAACUCGGCAGCAAGUUCAUCACAAGAUUGAAAAUCUUGCGCAGACUUAUCGGUUUUGGCUGAAAAAUCAAAAGACUGGUGCUGGCGCCAUACCUUGGACGCAUUUCUGGCGUAUACACAGUUUUUUGGGGACACUCCCGGCCAACGACCCAUCAAGGGCUCAAGAGAGCCAAGUUACUGUUGAAGAGGUCAUCAUGGAGAUGAUAAACGGCAGCGACAAUGCUGUCGUUGACAAUGAGAACAGGCUGCAAUGGGAGGAGAGUGCGCCCAUCAGACCUCUGGGCAGCCCAGGACCGAACUCCCCGUCCACGUGCAGCCCGGCCUCCUCCAGCCCGGCCUCCUCCAGCCCGGCCUCCUCCAGCCCAGCCUCCUCCAGCCCUGCUAUCAGCAGUGCCACCCCUGCUAGUGUGGCUACUACAAGCCGGGGUCCAAAAAAGAGGAAGGCGGGUGACGACUUCAAGCAGCAAAUACUGGCUGAACACAUACUGCUGAGGGAGCAGCUGGUGGCGAGCCGUCAGAGAGAGUACGACCAAAGAGAAAGACAUAUGCAAAUGCAAGAAAAGUUUUUUAAUGCAAUGUCAAGAUAUUUAGAAAAAAGCUCAAAAUAA